CAUGCUGGAUCGACAACGAUCGUUUUUACGUUGCUAUUGCGACCAAAUGUGUCCGUGUUUUCCUCAUCGACGCGUUAAUUAAACAGCCUCCUGGCUCGUGAACGAUCGUUGACAACGCCGGGGGGUUGGGGGGGAAACUCGGCGAGAAAAUCGGAUUAAUCAGACCAUAUAUUCCUUCGUUUUUGCAACUACGUACGGAACAUUGCGACUGUGAUGGAAAUCGCGAGUGUCGUUGAAACUAGCCUCGAUUCGAUGGAAACGUACGUAACUGGUUGUCAAGCGAAAAACCUAGUGUUGUGAAACGAAGACUGUUCUACGAAAUAUCGUCGCAACGAGGAAUUAUUAUACUAAAGUAUACGCGUAUGUAUUACUAAAAUUUCGGUGCCAGUUGAGUCCAAGGUUUCUGCGUUCAACUGUACUGAAACUGUGAAGAUUCUGUAAUUAAACUAAAAUUUGUAUUUAAGCUAUAAUUAAGAUCCGUGGAAUUAAAAAGUCAGCAAUUGGCCCGAGCUAAAAUCGGAGAUUGUAAAAUUAUAUCUGAAUUGAAGCUUUUGUUAUCAAGGAGACGGUGAACCAAAGUUGUAGACCUUUAAAAUCGAAGGUUCUAAAAUUAGAUUUAAAUUAAAGCGUUUAAAAAGUCGGCGAGCCAAAGGCGAGUCGUUCAUCUUAAAAUUGAGGAUUCUGAAAUUAAAUCACAAUCAACGUUUCUGUUAUUGAAAAUCCGCGGGCCGAAACAGUUGACCUUAAAACUGAAGGUUCCAUCACGCAACUAGAGUACAAUUUUCGGAGUUGAGAAACCAACAUACCGAGGGAGUUGACCGGCGAUACUCGUUAACUUGGUUUCGAAGGCGAACGCGCCGGCUUGAUAAGCGUUAUCUGGCUGCAAUAAUUGCAGGCUGUGUAUUACGGUCGGCCAUUGUCGUCGAACGAGGAGGCUCCGUUGAGGCGAAAGCUGGCGACCGCGUGUGUCAACAGGUGAUACGAUCGCGAGAGACAAAAGGUCGAGAGAGUGCGACGUUAUCAAUCGAACAGGAGUUUGAAUGAAAGGGAAAGAGUGCGUAGCGAGCUCACAUGAAACGAGAGAAUAGAAUCAAAAAGAGGCUGAAUCGAUCGUACAGUGCGUUGUAGCGUUUGGUCACGCGAUAAGGUGAAGCUUCGCGUGCGCCGCGAGAAACUAGAUAGAGUGAUAAGGCCGAAAGAGAGUGGAAAAGGAGUCUGGCGCCUCGUUCCUCGCUAAAGUGACACGUCGCCUUGGCCAAUAAAACGACAGACGGUCUAAACUGAACGGAAUCGGCAGCUGCUCUCCCGGUGUGCGCCUCGUACGUUGGCCCCGUCCGCUUUAAUUUCAGAUCCAGUCAGACCUAGCAUUAAAUCCUCGGUCGAGUAUCCAGUGAAAAAAGUGAUCGGCAGAUAACAAGAAUCUUUUUUCGGGGCCUUCCAAUUGCUUUUCCCCUUUUUUAUUUUGCUUCGUUUGAGAAAAAGGGAGUUGGUGUUGUUCCUUUUCAUUAUCUUGGAUAUACGAGUUAAUAGUGAAACGAAGAUCGAAAAUAUCGUGGACGAUGACUGGACGAAACUGAUCGAAAGGGGAGAAAGAAACAGAGGAUUCGUCAAGAUGAUGAUGGCACCGCAGGUCGUGGGUGUCUUGUUGAAGAAACCGGGACAGCAGAACCACCCACGUUUUCCACCGUUGGACCCACAGGAAACGAAAAUCAGAGGCGAACUGUACGUGGAGGACCUAGGUGAGAGGCGGAUCGUAUCCAUCAGAAUGGGAUGGCUUUGGGUCGAGGGUACUCCCAGGCUCCCGUUGAGGGCAUUGAACCUACGACAAGCAGCACCCAGCCUAUGUCAACCACACGCACUGGCUCUUGGGUUCACACUCAGCAACUCGCAGGGCCACACUCUCGCCACUUUUUGGGCGGAUUCAGAGCCCGUGUACUGGUCCUGGGUGAGAGCAAUCGCAGCAGAAUUGGUCAGACAAACACCAUUUCGAGCACAACGCUGUCUAAACUUCCUGGAGAUUCUGACCAUCUGUCCAAGGGGACCCGUUCCAUUACCCGACAGUCCCACAGAAUCCAGAAGACGUUCCAGAAGCGAGUUACGCUGUUGGACCAGUGACUCUCCCACAGAGAAAGAGCCUAGAACAACAACGACGAUCUUAGAAGAAUCCAGACGACGAGCGAGAAGCGAGUUACGUGGUUGGUCCAGUAGUAACUCCAGCGACGAAGAUCUGUUAGGCGACUUUCGAAGUAUUCCAACGAUAAUAACAAAGGACCAGCCGAUGACCAGGACCUGGGGCUGCAGCGAAAGCAGCGAGGGAAGUGACGACAGUCUUCCUUGGAGCGGCGUGUGUCGUUCCAGCGUGGAUUCCGUGGACUCAGCAGUGUCUAUUCCUGAACCAGAUACCAGAGAACAAAGGAUCCAAAGGUAUAAAGAAGCCAGAAGACGAGAGAACGAAGCUAGAAGUAGAAGAGUGUUAGAAGAAGAUGCUAGGAGACGAAAAGACAGAGCUGAAGAGAACAACAACGAUAUACUAAAAACUUAUGGUUCGAAAUCGAGGAGUAGGUUCUACUCUGGCAACGACAAUGACAGCUAUUGUCUAACAUCCAUAAAGAAGGACAACGAUAGCGGCUAUGAAACUUCUAGACUAAAAAACGAGAAGAACAUCAUUAUCAGAUUACCUCCUGUGAAGCCUAACGAGUCUUCCUUAGUCAGAUUCGAAGACGAUCAUCGGAAUGAGGAUGAUAAGAGGAACAAUAACAGUCCCAGAAAUGGUAACGCGAGUCCUGGUAUACUUAGAAUGGAUAUGAAUGAGAGAAGAAGUCGUGCAAGAGAGAGGAGGAGUAUCAGAGAGAAGAGCCAAUUGCUUCAAACACAGCAGUUUACUAAUACAACUGUAGAGACUCUUCAGGAACGCAAGGAACGAUUGGCCCAAUUAUCCUCGAGGAUUCCAGUGCCUCGACAAUUGUCGCAGAAUUCGAAACUCGCGGAGAAUUACAAUUCGACGGCCCUGCCUAGGUCGUCGACCUCUCUGUCGGUUCUGACCGAGCCACCUUGCGAGGAGGACGUGGCCAGACUCUUGGAACGGUGUCAAAGGGUAGACCAUUACGUGCCAGUACGAGAGAAGCUGACUCUGUUCGAAUCUCUGUCUAGGCUAGGCGGUCGACUGGCUAGAAGCACCGAAGAUCUCGGUCGAACGUCUUCGAAACCGAGUCCCAGAGGGAAACAACGUGCCCGGUCGCUUCACGAUCUCAACAGAGGGGCCAGGGCCGUUCCCGUCAGGGAAAUGUGUCGAUUCUUCGAGGGAGACGUUGAACAGGAUCAGAAUCAGAAGACUCCUCUUGCCAAAACGAGGUUCAGUGACCCUGUGACACCUACUAGGAGUACUACGUGGAAGGAUGCUGCGAGUUCCAAAGGCAACGACACGCCUCACAUAAGAUCUUCCACGAGAAAGAAACAUUAUUUAAAGUAAUGGUUGUGUUCGAGGUUCAUCUUUGCAAGUCCUAGAUCCUCCUGCACAAUAACUUACUAACUGAUAAUAUUAACGACUUGACAAAUUGCAAAUUGUUUUGCUUAUACACUUUUUCUUUACAAUCUUCCUUUGCAAUAUCACGUGAAAUGAUCAGAUGACUUGUGGAUUCGUAAAAUCUAAUUUUCUUUCUUAGCGAACACGUUGCUGUUACAUAUGUAACUUACGAAGCUCCACUAAUAAUAUUAGUUCAAUUGUGUUAGGGGAUGGUGUCUUCGAGUUUUCGGUGUCUGAGGCUCUGAUGUGUCUCUGCUGAGAAAUUCUAUGUUCGAAAGCAGGCCUUUCAGAGGAACAUACUCUGUCCCAGAUUUGAGUGAUUAGAGUCACAGAGAAAAGCGCCAGAUCUGAUACUUCGAUUUCCGAUUCCGUAGAUUUACUGGUAUUAUAGACCGAAUCGUGAAGUUAGAAAGGAUCGAUAUCGAUCAGUUUAGACGCGAAUCCGCUCGCUUGACUGCGAUGGAUCGUCACACUCGUGUCGAGAGAAAGUCGCUGCCUGGAGCAGCUGGUUUUUUUGCUCUCCAGGAUUUGAACUGUGCUCGAUUCGAGGUUCCGAUCAGACGUUUCCACGCGACACGAGCAUCGACGAUGCCUGGCAAAGUACAGGAAGAAAUACAAGGUUUUUGCGAGCGCGGUUUUGUCAAUUUUUCUUAUUUAUUGUAUUUUCGUUCUGUUUUUUGUACGAGAUUCCCCGGAGCCUAGCGUAGUCCACGAACGUGAUUCGACGUCACGGAUAAAGAGCGCAUCGAAUCGAAAGAUGAGGAGGAAGAGAAAAAGAGAGGGAAUAGGAGAAACCGGUAAUUUCCAUUCACCAAGCGAUUCUCGCGCACGAAACACCUGCCGAAUGCAAGUCGAAGGCGGUCUUCGAUUUCUCGAUUAACCGACCAAGACUCGUGGAAUCGUUAAUAUCCGGAGAUACGAGAGUUACGAAUGAGAGACUGAACCAUCCUGAAAAGUUCUACGUAAUUUCGUUGAAUCGAAUGAGAGUUAAGUUCUUAAGAGUUCUUACGAAAAGUUGCAAUUAUUAAGUUGUAUAAAUAGAUUAACGAAGUUUUUGAAACCGUAAACAGUUAGGGCUCCUUUAAUUUUGUACAUAAAGUGAUUGUAUUCAGGUUGUUUAAAAAAUUCGUAAAAUCGAAAUUUAAGAAUGAUUGGAAAAUGACACAUUUGUAUAGAACUAGAAUUUUGUUGAAUAAUCAAUGCGUUGUUUCUUUUUGUAAUAAUAUUCUGCUAUUAGAUUAUUUUCUCAGAGAAUUUUUCAACAACCAGUUGUUUCAAAUGGUGUUUGAAAGAUUCCAAAGAAUAAAUGAUAAAUGUAAAUGAUUCAAAUGUAAUCGAACGUAUUAAGUGGAAUUAUUGAUGUUCAAUUAAAAUUACUAAUUUGUUUUAUCAUUUAUUAUUUAUUCUAUUAUCUCACAAAAAUUUCUACCAAAUGAUCAUCUUGCAAUCAUGAAAAGGCUACGAACGUUUCAAACAACCCGAUAUUUCCUUCCACGCGUACCUGAACGAAUAAAAUUCGCAUUUAAUUCACCCGUCGUUUGAUCAGCGAUGGCUGUUGUAAAUAAUUUAUUUAGUUAAAAAUCGGAAGCCGGGAGAACGUAGCCAGCUAUUGGUCGGAUCUCGAACAUCCGUUUCAACGAGUGGCGCGUGAACUAAUAUCGACUUCCGUUUGCUCUUCCAGUCGGGACGAACAUUUCCAUUCCUGUUUCUCUUCUGCUCUCCUUCUCUCUUUCUCGUUCUUCUUUUUCUCUUUGAGUUCAACUAGGUCAUGCGAACGGCCCCUGAACCGUGUAUCUCGUGACUCUUUUCUUUUGUUCCGCAAAAAAAUAAUCGCAUUAGGAACCAGACGGAAAAAAUAGAAGAAGAACGACUUUUAACGAUGACGAGAUUUUUUUUCUCGAGGCGAUUUCCUUCGUUUGCAACCUAUCGAUUAUCGGUAGCCACGAGAUAUAGAAUUAUCAUCGAGAAAUAGCGCUAACUAUAUAACGAAGUGCCAAAAAAGAAAAAGUGUUAUGUUGCUUUUGUCGAGAAGAAAUAUGGAAAUGUAUAGAAAAAUAUAAAUAAUUAAAUAUGUAUAUACUUGUUAAUUUUAGGAUUACAGAGAUCGAUAUAAUUUUUCUGUUUCGUGUCUCGGUUAUUUCAGAUCGCAGAAAAGUUACAUUGUAAUUACCUUUUAUGCAAUCUGCAAAGCGAUUAUUUAUUACAUGUGUAUAAAAUAUAUAUAUAUUUAGAUAUAGUUAUAUUGAGUUGGUUCUGUGAGAAUCGAUCGACUGAUGUUGGAUACGUUUCGACGAUAGUUUUAUACAGUAAAUUAAUUCUUCGAAAGGUCGAAUCCAUUUAUUUUUCGUAUCUUCGUAUACGCGUAUCACAUAGGAAGCCGUAUGUACGAUUGUGUGACAAUGUACGAUAAUUCGAAAAAUUAGUGUGCUUUGUGUAGAAACUUGUAAGCUGAUGGAAGUAUAAUGGAAAUAUGUGUACGACGAUUAACAGCGGGAAGAUUAAUUUAAACGACAGUGAAUUGAUCGAGCCUUGGUGAACUUUUGUAUAACAAAUCUUUGGUUAAUCACCUAGUAAAUUUGUCGAAUCGCUCAUUAAAAAACGCAACUUCCAAAAACACUUUCCAAAGAGCAAAAUAAAAUAUUAUAAAAUAAAUAACAAUUAUAGGACAAUUAUAACAAAAUAAUACGAAACAACUGGAUAGUUUGUAGUAAAAUUUGUAAGAUAUAAAUUGAAUAACAUAUGGCCAGUCUUGUCACCAUCAAGUACCUCCACUUUUUAGAAAAAAGUCUUAGAAGGAUAAAACUGUGUCAACAAUGAAAACAUUUUAUAAAAUGAACAAUAAAUAGUUAUGAUAAUAUGUCAUAUUUCGUGGAUAAGGUAAAUGAUAUUAAAUAUUCCAGCCAAAGUUCGAUAUCGCCUUGUUGAGAAACGAAACAUUUGUAAUUAAUUGCUUUCUUUUCCCAAUCAGAGGCAACAUUUGUUCGAAUUAAACAUUUCGAUACUUGAGAGAAAUUGAAGAUAAAUAAAAAUUGUUCCCUAAUCCUACCAAACGCAAUAAAGAAUAUAUUUAUUAACAAAAAGGCUACAAACUUUCCGAACAAUCUAAUACGUAUAAUAAAAACGAAUGAAAAGUUCGAGAACAUAUAACGAAUGUAUAAAUAGGAUAUUUAUAUUCAGUAAUUGCUAACAUGAAAAAUUACAUUUCUAUGUCUUUCCAUAAUACAGAAUUUAAAGAGAUAUUUUUUGUACUUAAAACGAUUUUCAAAGUUUUAUUUUACUUUUAAUUAUCGAACGAUCAUUACAAAAUAAAUUUAAUCAAUAAUAAAGAUGUUCUCUAUUUAUACACUCGCAAUGUGCACCGAGGAAAUAGUUAACCUGCAGUAAAACAACCUCCAGCAAGGCUCGAUCGUUUUCGCGUCAGCAAGCCGACGACCGUGUUCAGGGUGUGUCCUGGCAUCCCUCUGUGCCCGGAUGUCUUAUCUCCUUAUUCUUUCGCUCGCGAAUAAUGGCCGCGCAUGCACGUCGAGAGGAAACACGUGCAGAGCUUGUCUGUAAAAAUGUAGCAAUUGAACGCGGUAGGGCGAACGUGAGAAGUCAUCCGGGCAGUGAAGGGGUUGUUGCCGGAAAAAAGUGGAAAAACUCGGAGCGGACGUUGUUCCGCGGAAACACACUGGCAGCCUGUAAAACCGGUCGAUCGCCAAAGAGUCCUCUAGUCCCUGGUCGGAGAAAUCCGAAAAGGCUGUAUACAUGUAUCCCCUAUACGGGGCUGCGUAACAGAAACCCCCAUAAAAAAAAAAAGAGAUCAUCCCUGCAAUACAUACGAUCCUAUAGUGGCUGAAGUAUUCGUUGUCCUAAAUAAUGAUAACAAUAAAUAUUAUAAUAGAAGAACAGACACAACUCUGGCGGAUUUGUAUGUUACGUUUGUUGUAAUAAAAAAGGACGAAUAAUGGCCGUUACAUAAAAGUGAUUGUCGUUAGAAAGUGGACGGGGAGAAGGCCUUGGCACUUCUCGUACACUCCAUAGCUUAUACUUUUAUACUUCGUUCUAUUCCCCCAUCAACUGCUCUCGUGUUCUUUUACACGCUCUUCUUUUACGAACACCCACGCGAUUUUCCUUCUUUCCACCUGGGUCCGCGACCAGCCACGCGCUCCGCUAAUUAGCGCGUGUUUUCGUAAGAUCGCGAGCGAAGAUUAGCAGGUCUCUUGAGGUGAACUUUAGAAAAGGAGAGGAGGCUUGUGCAACCAUCGACACUGUGAAAUUAUUGUAUCUCUAGCGCGCUCCUCUAUUACAAUAGGAAAGUGGAAAAUUCCGAGAACCGCCUGAGGAAGGAAGAUAGAAAUCGUGAAUUACUCUUGAUGGAAUAUAAUAAAGUCACAAUUAAAACAUUAAGUGGAUAUAUUGAUCGAUUUAGCCGCAGCUAGAUCCUUACGUGUUUCCUACACGCGUAGACUUAUUUUCAUAGAAUUUUUAUGUACUGCUGUUUACAAUUUCAUGGCGCACCAAAAAUCAUGGUGCAAAAGGAUAGGCACAUCCUGCUAUUUCAUUAAUUUCCAUCCUGUUAUUUCAAUGAAAAUUUAAAAUUAUUUUGUCAAUAGCACAUAUAUAUUUUCGAUAAUUGCAAAAACAAAUUAUCCGAAUCCUGUCAUUUUAAUAAGUUUGAUGGUACUCCACUUGCAGCUGUGAAACGAAGAAAACUAAUUCUGAAUUGUCAUUCUACGUUCCUGGCGAGGUUCAAGCUCUUUAUCUACCUUUAGAUUUUUUCAAAUUUUUGUUUCUACGAUCAGAACUAGUCGUAUACUCUGAAAUCUGAUCAAUUUGAAGGUUCGACGAUGACCUCGCCAUAUCUCCUCUAGCAAGAGUAGAAGUUUAAGAUUGAAAAAGGACGGUCGUCGAUGAAACAGAGUUAAUUUGCAGGCUCGAAGGCCAGAAAGUUUUUGCAAGGAUCGCAGACUGUCCUCCAUGCCGGUACUCUUUAAUUCUCGUUUAUUUGGCCUGCUGGUGAACUCGUUCUUGCGUUUACAGGACCGCCCACUUUACGUUCCCCAUGUAAUUUUCAUUCCACGCACUCGCACACGCGCUCCCGGGAAAAAUAGAAUAUUCCAUAGGGAGGAAUCGACCGGCAGAUAAUUUAUUUGCUAGCUUUAAUGAAGUCAAAUGUUGCGAUAAAUUUAACGAUGUCGUUAGCCGAGCACCUGAACACAGCCUCCUGGAAAAAGAGUACACGACUCUGCGUCUGAUAAUCUAAACUCUGCCAUCAAACUCUACCACUAACACAAAUAAAAAAAAAAGAAAAAAAGAAGAGAAAAGAAUGUAGGAUACAAGUAAGAAACAAGGAUACUAGAGUAUCAUACAGUCGUCACGAAGAUCACGACGCUUAUCAUAAUUUACAUUUUUCCUCGUUGGAUCGCGAGCAACUCGAUGCAUAUGCAUACACGUUCGAGAGACACACCUGCGCUCAAUGCAAUUUGUCUCCUUGAUAAGGUGCUCGUGUUCACUUUGUUAAUCACUGCCGCGCGAUCACGACACGUUCUAUCCACCUUUUUCGAUUACCAUUUUCUUUUUUGGUGUUCUAUCAGUUCAUCAAAUGGCUAUCACCUACGCGACAUCAGUCGGAGUUGAAGUGAAAAAUCGAAGGAAAGCACGUUAAACGGGUUCGUUGACCAUUUACCGGGUUUCGUGCUAGCGUGAAGAAUUUUUUCACGGGCACGAAAUUUUUUUUCACGGCGAUCGAACGAGCAGGUGUCCCGAGUGUGGUAAAAACAGCCGACGUAAACUAAUGCCUGGUCGUCCAUUACAGAGUAGAGAAGGCUCGUGUGUCCUGUCGGUUUCACGUUGGGCGUAGAAGAAACGCGCGUAAUCGAGUGACUGACUGGCCUUGAUAGUUGCCGGUGUUGGCCACAUGAACCGAUUCAAAGCGAAACAGGUACAUUCUCGAUCUCCUGAUCUAUCGAUCGAUGGCUAGCUUUUCGAAUAUACCUAGACUCCUACCGCGUCGCUAUUUACUCUCCAGUUAUCUGAUCACCAGUGAAACGAAAGCAACUACAGUGGCUUGACAAAGUGUCUGAACACUUCUAAAAACUUUUGAUGACUAUGCCAUGGAUGUUAUAUAAAAUAUUUUGCAUAGUACACGACAUGAUUACGAUCGAGCCUAUCAGAAGCUACUCAACUUUCUACUAAUUUCUUUAUUUCAUUACAUAAGAAUAUGAUUAAUGUUCAGUCCUCAAGAAACAAAUAACUUACAUCAUAUCAAUCAUUGCAAGAAGAUGGCAUAAAUAAUACAUUACAAUAAUAAUAAAUUCCAAAGUAAAUUAAAAAAAAAAAUGGCAGUUUUAUAACAUCGUUGCUAUUCUGUAUCUUUCUAUUCAUGAAGUUGAUCAGUGUGGUUUCAGAGCGGCUCAAUUAUCAUGAUAUAUUCAUAAAAUGUACCUAUUCGUGUAAUAUAUUCAUGAGAUACAUUCAUAAAAUAUAUACAUAUAAUAUAUUCAUAAAAGGUUUCCAUAAACGUUCAGAUACGUUCAGAUACAUGAGCCACUUGAACAUUGAAAACGUUCGUUUCUAGCAUGAAUACAAUAUUUCGUCCCGAUGACACUGUCUUCGAAAGUCGAGAAAUUAGUAUCUUCUCCGGCGGAACUUUGCUUCAAGAAAAAGAAGAUUUAACUUGUUUUUAACGAGCGUCAUUAAUAACUCGUGAUAGGAAGAAGUCAGGUUUCGAUAGUAGUUGUUCGUUAGAAAGAAUCGUAAUAGUAUUCGCAGUCAUUAGAAGGAAUUAAGAUGCUGUUGGCUUUCUAAUCACGGAUAGGAAUGGAAAUCGAAAGCAUGCUCGCUGAAGACUGGCCUCGAAGUAUUAUAAUGCUAUCAGUGCAACGAUUCGCUUACGAUGCACUUGUCGCAUGCAAUUCGACAAGCACAACAGUCUCUUUAACCUGCACUUAGUCCCCAUCUACAGUUCGUAAAAUGUUUAAAAAGUAAUACGAAGACCGAUACCUAUCAAUGGGCGUGACAUUAAACUUUGCAUCUCAGGUUUUGAAAUACUGACUUGGAAAAAAAUUAGUUGUAUUUUACAUCUCCUGCGAUUUACUACGCCGAAGAACUUAAUCAACCAAUCGAAUGACAAAGACUACCAUCGCAAUCGCAGCCAAUCAGCUCGUAUUAUUUGCUAUAUAAUUAAUAAUUGUAUUACGUAUAGUAAUGCGAUAUUAUAAUAUAGUAAUUAUAUAUAAAAUAAUGACGAUUACUCGGGUCUCACCGCGUGGAGGUUGCUGCGAGUGGAGACCCUCCCUAUCCACGAUUCCAUCCACCCUUCCUUUUACGAAAACAUUGACUAAUGUUGCAUUAAAAAGUUUAAGGAAAUUUUUCUUUUGAUGUGCGUUUGCAAAACAUUCAAACCUCUGAUCGUUGUACAAAAGGAACAUCAAAAGAAACAUUUAAAAGACUGACACGAACAGCUAAAUCUGGCAGUAAAAGAUAUAAAACUUAAAUACUAUUAGUACUACUACUACUACUAUUACUAAAUAGUACUUUACUUAUGCAUGUAUUUAACAAACAAUUAAUCGCAAGCACUGAAAGCAUUGAAAGCAACUUGAAGGCAUUGCAAGCAACUUGAAAGCAUCCUAUUUGCUAAUUUCAAGAAAACCCCUACUUAAUUGAUAAUCCAAUUUAAUCUGCCUAGUAAAAAGCCAAAGUUCUCAUGAGUUCUAACUACACGAAUAUUUUAAUAUAAUAAAGGGACUGGGAGAAGGGGUAUUUUAUGAAAUGAUUCCUUCAAAGUGUGUCGUAUAUUUGUAUCUUGAAAUACUUCGUUCCUGUAGACAUUUCUGAAACAAACUUGAAUUUAAAUUGAUUAAAAUAAAAUAAAAAAUUUUGUAUAAACUCUGACUAUGAGGGUCUAAACGGGUCUUUAUAUGUAGAAACCUUCCUACCACGAACCUAGAGAUCUCUUUAAACCCUACUCAUCAGAAAUCUAAAGGUCCUUUUAUUUAUCCUAACUAUCAGAUUUCUCAACUGUUUUUCUACGAGUUCUGACUUGAAAAAUUUCAAAGUCUAUUUACAGGCAUCCCAUAUAAAAGAAACCUAUCUAGACAAAAAUUUAAAUGCAAUAAAGGGAAGGAAUGGGAAAUUGUUUGGAGUAUUGUGUGGGAUACAUGAUAUAAUUGUACUUCAGUCGAUCUCACGAUGAAUCCUGAAACAGACACAAACCACAAAAAAGUUAUUUCAAUUUUAUGAGAUAUAUGUAAUUAAACUACCAAUGAUUA